AUGUUUGGCAAUCCGAGCAUCAUAGUCACCUCGGCCGAUGCUUGUCGGAAGGUCCUCACGGACGACGAGACAUUCGGGCCGGGCUGGCCCGAGGCCACAAGAAACCUCAUCGGCGACAAGUCUUUUGUGGGCAUCUCGGACGACGAGCACAGGUGGCUCCGAAAGCUAACGGCGGCCCCAGUAAACGGGCACGAGGCUCUCUCCCUCUAUGUGGGCUUCAUCGAGGAUAAUGUCGUGUCGGCCCUAGAUAGGUGGGCCCACUCGGGUCCGAUCGAGUACCUUACCGAGCUUCGAAAGCUCACGUUUAGGAUAAUUAUGUACAUUUUCUUGAGCUCGGAAAGCGAGGGGAUUAUGGAAGCUCUUGAGAAGGAGUACACGGCGUUGAAUUACGGGGUUCGGGCAAUGGCGAUUAAUUUCCCCGGAUUUGCCUACCACUCGGCACUUAAGGCGCGCAAGAGGCUCGUUGCUGUUCUCCAAUCCGUGGUAACUUCCCGAAGGGAGUGGAGGGCUCAAAAUCCUCCGGCAGCUAAGAAGGACAUGAUGGACGCACUCAUGGAUGCAGUAGAUGAAAACGGAAGAACAUUGAGUGACGAGGAAAUAAUCGAUGUUUUGGUCAUGUACCUAAACGCGGGCCACGAGUCCUCGGGUCAUAUCACAAUGUGGGCCAGCAUUUUGUUACAGAGCCAUCCUGACGUGUUUGAAAAGGCUAAGAGGGAGCAGGAAGAAAUUAUGAAGAACAGACCACACGAUCAGAAAGGGCUGACCCUUAAAGAGAUACGACAAAUGGAAUAUCUUUCGAAGGUAAUUGACGAAACACUUCGAGUGAUUACCUUCUCGCUUGUUGUCUUUAGAGAGGCAAGGAAAGAUGUUCGAGUCUGUGGUUACACAAUUCCUAAGGGAUGGAAAGUAUUGGUGUGGUUCAGAGGCGUUCACUUCGACCCGGAAACUUAUCCCGACCCAAAAAAGUUUGAUCCUUCACGAUGGGACGGAUUUACGCCACGAGCUGGACAGUUCCUCCCGUUUGGCGGUGGAAGCAGACUGUGCCCUGGGAACGAUCUUGCCAAGAUCGAAAUUUCCAUUUUCCUCCACCAUUUUCUUCUGAAUUACAAGCUUGAACGCCAUAACCCUGAUAGCCCUAUAUUGUACAUUCCGCAUACAAGGCCAAAGGACAAUUGUCUGGCGACAAUAAGACGAGUUUCUGCUCAAAACGGGACAACCGAAUAA